GUGAAAAUGCCGAAGGCGGGACGACUGCACAUGGGACGGGCUCGGAGGCCGAGUCGACGACGAAGUCGAAGCGGAAGAGACGACACAAGCACUCUAAAACUAAAGGAGAUAGUAGGAGUAAUAAUAGUCCUACUACUGCUGAGACAGCCGGGGCAGAGGGUUCGGCAGCUUCCGCUCCUGAUGCCAAGGGUGACGCCGCGGAAUGAGCCUGCACGAGCUGGACUCGAUUUAUCUAUCUCAUCUGGACGGCGUUAUGGUAUGCAUUUUUGGGCUCGCAGGCAAGGUCGAAGACGAGGUCGCGCACCUCGAGGUCUACGUCUACGAGGACGAGGCCGACAACAUCUACGUCCACCACGACAUCAUGCUCCCCGCCAUCCCGCUCUGUCUGGAGUGGUUAGACCUGCCCGUCGGCCGGAGUUCGGAGGGUCGCACGACCGGGAACUUUGUCGCGGUGGGAACGAUGGAUCCGGAUAUCGAGAUUUGGGACCUGGUCACGGGAUCGACGGACAAGCAGGUCAAGCUGUGGAACGUGCAGGACAACAAGCCCAGCAUGGUGGUCUCGCGCAAGCUCGACGUGGGCAAGGUCUUCUCGACCACGUUCGCGCCCGACCCAGAGGUGAGCUUCCGGCUGGCGGUGGCGGGCAGUAA